AUGGACCUGUUCAACAAAGCAAUGCACAGCAACGACUUCGGUUUACGAAGAUAUUAUCCGUGGUCGGGGUACAUUAAUCACGAGCCGUGGGUUACUGGCCGCGUAUCUAACAGGGAACGGAAAUACGUCUGGUCCCAUAUGCAGGACGUAUUUUGUUGGAACGAGAUGACCGUCAAAAGGAUUGAGAACCCAUUUCUCUGGGCACGAUAUGCCUUACGAUACGAAGAAAUGAGGAUCGACUCUGCAUCUAGAGAUGUGUCGGAGGACAUUGUGAUACAUGCUACAUCCAUCUCGAGUGCCUAUGAAAUAGCUGACAAAAAUUUUAACUGGAGACUGGCGAAACGCUGUCGCUUUGGUCACGGAGUCAGUUUUGCAAGGGAUGCAGACUAUGCAGAGGCUCAUGCUUAUGACAACGAGGCCCACAUAAUAGCUGGGAUCCUUGUAGCUAAUUGCGAGAUUGGUAAUUAUAGAACCCGUAUUCCAUCGUACUUCUCAGAUACGACGGUGAACCGUCAAGAUAGCGUAUGCGUCAAAUACAAUGACAAUGAGUUUUAUCCGUAUUACAUAGUUUAUUAGACAUGAAACGCCACAAGUAAUAUCCUAAUAUAAAUUAACAUUAUCUUUAACUAUGAUAGUAAGAUAGAAAAUAAUAGUAUUUAGAUAACAUAUGAUAGUAAACAUCAGUAUAAAAUUAUAUUACGAAUAUAUAAGUAUGCUAUUAUAAAACUGUGAUAUGCAUAGUUUCUUUAACCUAUAAUUAAGAGUGUAUAAAAUGGUAUUUUUUCAGUUGAAAAAAUGUUUGGAUUUCAUCAAUAUGUGUGCAAAUUAACGAAAUCAUACCAAACUAAACCAUCCUCAAAAUUAAAAAUUCGCCAUCAGUCGAGUAAAACCCGUAACACCUUACGAGUAGAGUAUUCGAAUGCACAAAUCUACAUCUAGACUUAUUCAAUUAAGUUUCCUUACUGUCAUUAGUAGGUAAUUGAACGUUUAUAAAAUUAUUGAGCCUGAAACAGGUUUGAGAAUGCCAUAAUUUUCUCAAUUCAUCGACUUUUACAUCAGCUCUUAUGGGCAUAUAAUCAGUAAUUACAAAUUACAGAGAAUGGCUGAAUCCACAGAUCCGCUGGCUUAGUGCACCAUAGUGCAUACGACUAAACAUGGUUAAACAUGCAAGACAAUCAACUAUCAAUAGUAAUUGCGUACAAUUAUGCUGUUACCAUCUCGAAAACUCUGUAUCAUCCAUUGAAAUUCUCUAAUCUCCAGUACACCAACC